AUGAGUGGGGGCUUGUGCAAAGGAUUUUGUGGCUUUGGCAGAGGACCUUAUAACUAUGGUGGAGAAUUUGGCGGCUGUUUUGGUGGUGGAGGAUACAGAGGUACAUUUGGUGAUGGACGUUUUACCAGCCCUGGAAUCCAGCCUCUCCAAAUAGAUGCAAACUUCCUCCAGCCAGCCCAUAUUGAUCUCGAUCCAUAUUUGCAACAACUGAAACAUCAUGAAAAGGAGCAGCUCAAGCAGCUCAAUAACCACUUUGUAUCCUUCAUAGACAAGGUCGAAUGUUUGGAGAAAAAAAACACUGCUCUGUCCGCCAACUGGCAAAUUUUACAAGAGAUUGGAACCAGAAUUAAAAAGACAAACCUGGAACCUGUUUUUGAGAGUUAUAUCCAGACUCUGCGGGUGCAAAUCGAGCGUAUGAAAAGCCAGAAAGGACAUCUGCAGUCAGAGCUUCAGUACUUGGAGCAUGAUGUUGAAGAUAGCAGAGUAAAGUAUGAAGAGGAAAUCAACAGGCGCAUAUGGGGCGAGAACCAGUUUGUGGUGCUCAAGAAGGACGUGGACUUUGCUUACCUAAGUAAAACACAGUUGGAAGCUAAAGUGGACAGCCUGCGGAGCCAAGUUGCCUUCUUCACGAAAGUAUUUGAGCAGGAGCUGUGCCAGAUGCAGUCAAUUGCGCAGCACAUUUCUGUCAUCAUCUCGAUGGAGAACGGCAGAGAACUGAAUGCUGGCCACAUGAUAGCAGAAUAUGAAUACCAAUAUCAGCAGCUUGCCCAGGAAGCCAAAGCUCACGUGCAGGCUGAGCUUUGGCAAAAGUAUGAAGACCUGAAAGAUAAUGCGGGAUGUCAGGGAGAUGCUCUGCAGAAGGUGAAGCAGGAGAGGAAUCGGCUGCGCCGUCAGAUCCAGAGGGUUUGGCCUGAGAUCGAUUAUGUGAAGAUAAAGGUUGCAAGGCUCCAGUUGGCCAUUUGUGAAGCUGAGCAGAAAGGUGAAUUUGACCUUACGGAUGCUCAGAAGAAAAUGGGCAACCUUAAGGUGGCCCUGCAAACAGAGAAGAAAGAGCUGGCUCAAACACUGAAAGAAUAUCAGGAGUUGUGGAAUGUUAAACUGGCCCUGGAUGUGGAGAUUGCAGUGUACCAGAAACUUCUGGAAGGAGAGGAAAGCAGGUUGUGUGAUGGGACUCCAGGGCUUGUUCCUUUAGAACCAAUGAUCACCAGCCUGUCUGAGGCAUCCUGGCAGCCCUAA